AUGAAAACAAGAGAAUUUUUUACUGGAGAUAUUUAUCCUAAUGAUAAUGUGUAUUCUAUGCAAAUUGUAGAAGAUCACGAAGAUUAUUAUACAAAGGAAUAUUAUAUGAAAAUAAAGUGUGUAGCUACAAAUAGUCUUGAUGCUUAUAUUUUUCUUAGUGGAUUUCCUGUGUAUUGCGAGUUUAAAAUUAAUAAUGGAUUUGAUGAUGGAAUAGAUGAGAAAAUAGUAAAAGAAAUACUUAAUUAUAUAUCCUUAACAAAUUAUAAAGAUUAUAGAUCUGUUAAAAGAGAAGAUAUUUUAGGAAAUGAAUUUUAUUUUUUACGAGUAUUUUUUAAGAAUCAUAAUAUUAGAAAAAAGAUAAUUAAAAAAGUUCGAGAUUGUAUUAAAAACAAGGAAGAUAAUUAUCAAAUAUUUGAUUUAUAUGAAGAUGAUAUUUCAACUCCUUAUUCAAUGUUUAUAGCACCUCGAAUUAAGAUAAAGAUUAAUGGUUUUGAACAAGGAUUCCCAUUAUCAAAAACUUUUAAACUCAAUAGAACUUUAUCUAGAAAAAUAUAUGAAAAUAAAUUUCAUUAUUCAAAUUUAAGAUUUAUUGAUGAUAUUGAUACAUAUAUAUCAAUGUUUUUUGAUUUCGAAACUGUUGAUAUUGAAAAUAUGAAAAAGGGAAUAUUAGGAAGAGUAUCUAUUGGAUGCGAAAUUGAUCAAGCAUUUAUGGGAGUAUUUCUUUUUUUUAAAGGAAGGGAUAUAAUACCAUUUCAUACCGUGGCCGUUUUAUUGCAAAAUGAAGAAUUUCCGGUGGAAUAUGAAAGGAUAGAUGAAAAACUUGAUUUAAUUUAUGUUAAAAAUCAAAAGGAAUUUUUUUUAACAAAAGCAUUGUUGUAUUAUAAUUUUCGACCUGAAAAAACUGGUGGGUGGAAUAAUUUAGGAUAUGAUUGGAAAUUUACUAUAAGAAAAUUAUAUGAACUUGGUAUAUUUGAAGAGUUUAUACAAAUAGCAACUGGAAAAACAAAAAGCAUAGAAAAUAUAAUUAAAUUUGAUUAUAGAAAUGAAUAUAAUACUGUGAAUGCAAAUGAAAAAGCUUGUCAUUAUUUCUUAAAAAUAUUAGGAACUGAAGAGUAUGAUCAAUCUACAAUGUUUAGACAACAUUAUCAAACAUUAUCAAAAUGGUCAUUAAACACUAUAUUAGGUAAACUUGGAUUGAAAUUAAAAUUAGAAUUUUCUAUUAAAGAAAUGUAUGAGAUAUUAUAUAAUGUUUAUAAAGGAAAUUUUGAUGAAAAAACAAAAAAAGAAAAAUGUACACUUAUUUUAGAUUAUUGUAUCAGAGAUUGUAUUGCACCCAAAGAAGCAAUUGAAUUUAUAAACAAGAUUACAGAGUAUAGGAUAAUAUCAAAUUUAACAUACAUACCAAUGUAUGAAUAUUCGUAUGGAAACAAAACAAAGAUGAUAAACAAUUUAAUUGUUUAUUUUGCUAAUCGAGAAGGAUUUGAUAUAUCAAUUAAAUAUGAUAAAAAGAAUGUAAAAGAAGAAUAUGAAGGUGGAUUAGUUAAAGAUCCUCUUAAAGAAUUUUCUGUAGUAUCUGAUGGAUGUUUAGAUUUUAAUUCAUUAUACCCUAGUGUAAUGAUGCAACACAAUAUUUGUUUUCUUACAAAACUUAAAAAGAAUGAGAAAGAGGAAGGAUGUCAUGAGAUAUCAUAUAAAAAUAGUAAAGGAAUUACUAAAAUUAUUAGAUUUUCUAAAAAAAGAAAAGGAUUAAUACCAACAAUUUUAGAAUUAUUAGUAAAGCGAAGAAAAGAAGCAAAAAAAGAUCGUGAUAGACAUGAAAAAUCAAAUCCGAUGUAUAAUUAUUAUAAUAUUUUACAAGAUACAUUAAAGAAAAUAGCAAAUUCUAUAUAUGGACAAUUUGGUAAUCAAUAUUCAAUUAUAUGUGAUUACGAAGUAUCAGCAUCAGUAACAGGAGCAUAUGCUAGAAAAUAUAUUAAAAUGGCAUCGGAGUACAUGCAAACCAAGGAGAUAUCUGAGACAAAUAAAGAAAAAAAAUUUAUUUGGAAAUAUACAGAUACAGAUUCGAUUUUUUUUCGAUUAUCACCUAUAUUAAUUAAUGAAAUUAUAAAAAGAUAUGAAAAUCAUUUAUUGGAUAAAAAUAUAAAUGAAAAAGAUUUUAUUGAUGUAAUAUAUAAUAUCCAAAAAGAAAUGGUAUUUGUAACAUAUAAUGAAAGUAUGAAGUUGCAAGAUGAGAUAAAUGAAUGGAUGGCGAAUGAAAACCAAGCUCCAAGAAUUAUUAUGGAAAUGGAAAAGAUUGUUAGUCCAAAUUUAUAUAUAUCAAAGAAAAAAUAUAAUGGAUUAAUAUUUGAAAACUCAAAUUAUUUUUUUGAUGAUGAAUGGAAAGAUCUAGAAAAACAUAUUAAAGAAGAAUAUAAAAUUGAUAAUGUGACUAAAGAAAUUGUUAAUGAUUUUGUGAAAAAGAAUGAUGAAUAUAAAUUAUUAGCGAAUGGUAAAAAAUUUAGUAAUUUGUUAGCAAAAGGCACUGAUUUAGUUAGAAGAAAUUCAACAUUAAUAUGUCGAGUAAUAUUAAAGAAAUUACUUUAUACAUUAUUUGAUUAUAGAGAAUAUGGUCGAUAUUUGUAUAAUAUGAAAUUUACUAAAAUAGAAGAAUAUCAAGAUUUUAUUAAUGGGGUGAAUAAGAAUGAUUUUGCUAAAGAAACAAGUAAGAGAGUGGUUGAAGAUUUCAUAAAAUAUCUUUAUUCUAAAGAAACAGAAUUGAAUUUGGAACUAUUUGAACAAAAUGCAAGAAAUAAUGAGGAGGAAGAGGAUAUGAUGACAUUUACAGAGACAAAAGAUCCACUGUCAAUCACAAAAUAUACAAUGACAAGUAAAUAUAAACCAGCCGAAAAAAUCAAAAAAACAUAUGGAGUCUCAACAAGUACACUCAGAAGAUGGGGUGAUAAAGGAGAUGUGUCAUGUAUCACAAUGCCAGGAGGAAAACGAAUGUACUCAACAGAAGACAUUGAUAACAUGUUUGGAAGAGAAUCCAAAGAAAAGAAAAAGAUCUGUUAUGCCAGAGUCUCAAGUGAAAAACAAAAAGAGGAUCUUGAGCGACAAUGUAACCACCUUAGAUCUGAAUACCCAGAACAUGAGAUCAUUACUGAUAUCGGGUCAGGUCUCAAUUGGAAACGAAAAGGAUUCACGUCCCUUUUGGAACGAAUAUACCAAGGAGAUAUCGAGGAAGUUGUGGUUACCAGAAAAGAUCGAUUAUGCAGAUUCGCAUACGAACUUGUGGAAUGGAUCUUUAAAAAACAUGAAGUCAAACUCAUGGUUCUCGGUACAGAUGUUGGAUCAAAUGAACCAGAGACAGGAGAACUUGCAGAAGAUUUAUUAUCAAUCGUUACAGUAUUUACAGCAAGACAUAAUGGGCUCAGAUCAGCGGCAAAUAAGAGAAAAAGAAAAGAAAUUGAAAACUCUAAAGAUACGGAUAUCUUGAGACAAAAAUGUAUCAAGAUUGAGAAUUUUCAAAAUGAAAAUAAAUGGGUUUUGGAGACGCCAUAUGGUAUAAGAGAUGAGGCAUUGAUAGAUUUACUUGAUGCACAUAAAUCAAAUUUCAAAUUAAAAAGACAAAAAUUUAACAUUCGAUAUAAGAAAAAAAAAGACAAACAACAUUCUAUAACAAUUCAAGCUCGUGAUUGGAAAAGAAAAAGAGGGGAAUAUGCAUUUCUUAAAAAUAUUCGUAUGUCUGAAGAACUCCCAAAUAUAGAACAUGCAUUCAAUAUAAUUCUUGAUAAACUUGGAAAGUUUUAUAUUUGCAUACCUAUUUCAAUCGAAGAAUAUUAUCGUGAAGAUAAUGAAAUCAUAUCAUUGGAUCCUGGCAUUAGAACUUUUAUGACUGGAUAUGAUCCAAUAGAUGAUUGUCAUAUGAAACUUGCAAAGUUUUUAUGUGAUAAUUACAACACUAUUCUUUUACCAAAAUUCGAAACCCAAGAAAUGGUAAAGAGAAUAAAACGUAAGAUUCGUAAUAAAACUGCAAGAAUGAUGAUAACAUGGUCACAUUAUAGAUUUAGACGAUUUUUGGAACAUAAGAUUUCUGAAUAUCCUGGAAGAUUAUUAAUUUUAUGUAAUGAGCAUUAUACAUCAAAAACAUGUGGAAAUUGUGGAUAUAUUAAAAGAAAUUUUGGUGGUUCAAAGAUUUACAAAUGUGAUGAAUGUGGUUUUGUGAUUGAUAGAGAUUAUAAUGAAAAUCAAACAGAUUGGGAAAGAUCAGAGAAAAAAGAUAAAGAAUAUACUGAAACUAUAUUGAAACAAGAAAAUGAUGAGACAACUUCUAUGGUUAAAAAAUUUGUUAGAGAUAUGAAAAUGAUUAAUGUAGAAGUUCCUAAACCUAGAUUUAAUUAUUAUGUGAUUUAUAAACAUGGUGUUAAAGAAGUAUAUAAAAGAAUGGUGUUAGUUGAUAGAUUUGAUCCAAAAAAACAAAGAAUAGAUAAAUAUCAUUAUUUAAAAGGUAUUAAAUCAUUUUUAUCUGUGUGUAUAGAAGAAACAGAAAAGGAAACUGAUGAAUGGAUUAAAAGUAUUAUAGACAAAAAUACAAAUAAAUCAAUUGAUGAAUAUAGUUUAAAAGAAGAUGAACAGAAAGGGGGUAAAAAAAGAAAGAAAAAGGAAUAUGAUAUAUUAAUUCCUAAAAAACAAAUGAAAAUAUCAAGUUUUUUUAAAAAACAAAAUAAUGAUAAUGAUGAUAAUGAUUUUUUUAUUUAA